AUGCUCGAAUCCGUCCGGCAUGCCCUCCGUAUGUUCCGCUACUCGCGGUUCCUCCUCAAAUCCGUCUUUAACACCUUUAUACGGCCUCCACUACUCGUAUUUCUAAUCUCUAGGACACAAAUAUUGGCACUUCCAUCUAAUUAUGCUCUCUCCGGCCUUGUCUACGUGCUCUCGAUCCCGUUCUCGGAAAUCGUCUUGACCGUAUUAUCGUCGAGGAGGAAGAGUAGAGACCGCAAGAGACUCGGAGCACUCCCAGUGCCAAAAGUCAGAGGCAGGCGUCUGGGAAACAUUGACGUCCUCAGCGCCUUGAUUGCUGCAGAGAACUCGGAGUACCCCGGAGAUAUUUUCCUGCAAUGGGCGAAGGAAUAUGGACCGACAUUCGACAUGAACAUUCUCUGGGCUUCUCAGAUUGUGACUGUCGACCCAGAGAAUGUGCGCUACGUGCUCUCCACGGCCUUCACUUCAUUUGAGAAAAGUGAAAAGCUUCGUGACAUGUUCGAGAGCUUCUGGGGCAACGGCAUCUUCACAACGGACGGCGAAACUUGGAAACGGCAUCGCGCGAAUGCCCGGCCCUUCUUUGCUCAGGAGCGUCUCGCAGACUUUACGCCUUUCGAAAAGCAUAUGAAUAAGAUGUUGGAUAUUCUGGAUAAGCUCACAACGGACGGCGAGCCGUGUGACAUUCAGGGUCUAUUCGCAAGGUAUACACUCGACACGGCAACAGAGUUUCUGUUUGGCGUUUCGACAGAGUGCCUGGACGGUUUUCUUGAACACGAUCCAGAUGCGCCUUAUGAGCGCUUUAUGGGUGCAUUCAACGAACUCGCCGCCCUCGGAGCCACGAGGAUCAGAAUUGGCUCAACUUGGCCAUUAUUCGAGCUCAGUGGCGAUAAAGCGGUCAAACCAACUCGGAUUAUCGAUGCCUUUGUCGAGCCAAUUAUCCGCAACGCGCUGAGACAAGUAAGGGAUAGCGAUGCAAUGGACUCUAACUUUCUCGAACACCUUGCAAGAGUCACCAAAGACAGCAAAAUGGUUCGAGACGAGUCUCUCAAUAUCCUAUUUGCUGCUCGGGACACAACUUCGUCCCUCUUGACAUCUGUUGCAUAUCUUCUCAUGGAGAAUCCGGACGUCGAGAAGAAGAUGCGCCAGGAAGUAUUAGACAUAUGCGGACCUGAUCGUACCCCAAGUAUUGCGGAUAUUAGGAAGAUGAAGUAUAUCGAGGCAGUACUAGACGAGACCUUGCGUCUCUUCCCGCCUGUUCCGUACAACAUCAGACGCAGUAUCGACUCCUCUGCACUUCCUUCACCAAUGUCCAAACUUGGACAACCGCUGUACAUGCCGCCGCGCAGCUCCAUCACAUAUGCUCCUAUUCUCAUUCACCGCGAUCCUGCGUUUUGGGGAGAAGACGCCCACGAGUUUAGACCAGAGAGAUGGCAGAGAGGUUCUGCCCCUAUGUCGCAUGCAAACGCAUGCAUGCCAUUCAAUAUGGGACCAAGAAUCUGCCUUGGUCAACAACUAGCAUAUAUCCAAGCCACCUACGUAUGGGCGCGACUUUUACAGCGCCAUGCUCGAUUUGAGAGGGCCAAAGAUGCACAACCCCCUGAAUCGCUUCCUCCAACCAAAGAAUGGAUCUCACAAGGACGCACAGGGAGACAUACUUUCGAGACGAUCUGGCCACAUGCAACCGUCGUUCUUAGCGUCAAGGGAGGACUCUGGGUGCGUUCUGUUCCGUUUUUGUUCCACGAACACUAG